AUGUCCGCCCUCAGCUCCCAGAAAUACACUCCCACCGAGGAGGCCGAGAUCCAGCAGUGGCUCACCACCUCCGAGCGCCUCAAGUCCGCCGACAACAAGUCCGAGAUCCUCGAGACGCUCAAUGGCCACCUGUCCAGCCGCACCACCCUGCUCGGCAGCAAGCCCAGCAAGGCCGACGUCGCCAUCUACGAGACCCUCGCUCCUAUUGUCUCCAAGUGGACGCCCGAGGAGCGCACUGGCGAGAAGGGAUACCCCAACAUUGUGCGCCAUGUUGAUUUCGUCCAGAACGCUGCCGUCUUCGGCCUGGAGCUAAAGGACGAGCAAAAGGUCGCGGUUAACCAGGAUGAGGUCUUGUAUGUCAAGCCUCCUGUUGAUGCCAAAGCCGAAAAGGAGCGCCUCAAGAAGGAGAAGGCCGCUGCUGCUGCCGGCACCGGAGGCAGCGAGGCCACUAUCGCCGACCGCACCAAGAAAGCGGCAAAGGAGGUCGUGGACAAAGCUAAGGAGGUCGUUGGCGAGGCAAAGACUGCUGUGGCCGGCGGUGCUGGCGGCGACAAGCCCAAGAAGGAGAAGAAGGAGAAGGCUCCCAAGCCCCAAAAGGCUCCCGCUGCCGCCGCUCCUCUGUCCCCCAGUCUGAUUGACCUUCGUGUCGGCCACAUUCUCAAGGCCAUCAACCACCCCGACGCCGACUCUCUCUUCGUCUCCACCAUUGCCAUGGGCGACCCCGCCGGCGAGGACACCACCGAGUACGAGGGCCAGAUCUGCCGAACCGUUUGCUCUGGCCUCAACGGCCUCGUCCCCCUCGAGGAGAUGCAGGGCCGCAAAGUCGUUGUCGUGGCCAACCUCAAGCCCGUCAAGAUGCGCGGCAUCAAGUCCUGCGCCAUGGUCCUCGCCGCAUCGCCCAAGCUCAAGGAGGGCGAGGUUGACGACCACAAGGGUCCCGUUGAGCUUGUCACUCCUCCUGAGGGCUCCAAGGCCGGUGAGCGAGUCUACUUUGAGGGAUGGAAGGGCGAGCCUGAGGGUGUUUUGAACCCCAAGAAGAAGAUUUGGGAGAUGUUCCAGCCUGGAUUCACUACUACUGACGGUCUUGAGGUUGCUUUUGACGCUAGUGUCGUUGAGCAGCUGGGCAAGAAGGAGGUUGGUAAGCUGGUUACGGAGAGUGGUGGUGUCUGCACAGUCAAGACUUUGACGGGUGCUGUUGUUCGGUAA